UGUAUCAAAUAAACAUAAUACAAAAAUUGCAUGCAUGCUGUUUGAAUUUUUAUCGAGAACAGAAAAUGUAAUUUUCAACCAUCGCUGCAGACAAAGUGUAUAUUAAUGCGAUUUGAUUUCAGAAGAAUUUAACGCACGAAAGAGUUAAUUUUGAAUUACGUCAAAACGUUUCAAUGGAUUCGGAGGAGGCUCAGAAACAUGCAGUGGUCAUUCAGAGCUCCUAUCGUGGCUACAGAACGCGAAAACAGCUCCAAGACAACCCGAAAACACCCCCAAAACCCGAAAACGAACAGGAUUUACACGAGAAAGCUGUUUUGAUUCAGAGCAGCUACCGAGGAUACAAAACGAGGCGAGAUUACAAAAACCAGCCCCUAAGUUCAACGGACGAGUCGGAUAGAGAAGAGAAAGCGAUUGCAAUUCAAAGCGCCUACCGAGGUUAUAAAGUGAGGAAGUCGAGAAAAGUGGACGACAGAGCGAACGGGUUCUCGCCAGACAGCGAAGAGUUGGAGCGAAAGCAUCAAAGUGCAACUGUGAUCCAAAGUGCGUAUCGUGGCCAUGCUGUGAGAAAAUCUAGAAAAGGUGGCAAAAAUGAAGAGCCUGAUAAGUUGCACGAUCAUGCGACCGUCAUUCAAAGUUCAUAUCGUGGAUUUGCAGAGAGGAAAAAACGCAAAAGAAAACAGGAAAAGGAGCAGGCGGCGGUUGCUAUUCAGAGUGCAUAUAGAGGUUACACAGUCAGAAAGAGUUAUAAAAGUACAGCAAAGUUCGCGGCUGAAGAUGGUUCGGAGGAGGUUGUGAUCGAGGAGUACGCGAACUUCGCCAGGGAUCCGAGGGACUCCGAGGACGAGAACUGGGAUGAGGGGACUGGGGAUACUUACGCCACACACAUCCAAGCAGGAGUGAAAGGCUACAUGGCCAGAAAGGAGUUCGAGACUGGGCAAGAGAGGGCAAAGAAUGCAGUGGUGAUCCAGUCCUCCUACAGGGGCUACAAGGCAAGGAGGAGGAUGAAGGAGCAGCAGAGGGGACAAUCAGAGGACUACUGGGAUGUGGGGGCUGAGAAUACUUACGCCACAUAUGUCCAAGCGGGAGUUAAAGGCUACCUGACCCGGAAGGAGCUCGGGACUCAGCAAGGGGGGGAUGAGAAGAGUGCAGUGGUGCUGCAGUCAUGCUACAGGGGCUACAAGGCGAGGAGGAGGAGGAAGGAGGGGGAGAGUGCGGACGUGAUCAGUGGAUCUGUCAGAGGAUACCAGCGCCGCAAAAAGUUUCUGCAGGACAAUGAGAAUGCCAGCAUCAUCCAGGCAUCAGCCAGAGUGUUCGCAACAGACUUCCCUACAGAAGACAGCGACGAGAGGUCGGCGACAGAAGAGGCAUCCUCCUACGAGCGAAACGAAACAACAGCGAAAACUUCGAGGCACUCACGGAGCAGCCGCAACGUCCAGGAGACUCAGACGGAUCCGGAGAAACCGAGUCUCGGAGGUCGCAAGUUUACAGAGUUCAUCGAGCAUUCCAGUUGGGUUGCGAGGCACGACAGCCAAGCGUCAGAUUUGCCGAAAGACUACUCGUCUCUUUCUUCAAUCGCGACUCCAAUUAGCCGACGAAAACCGAAGAACCGAAAACCUCUCUUCAUGCUGCGAAGCGUGACAGUCUCGGGCGCGGAACCGAGUCGAGGCUUCGGCGUCAUUCGGACAUCCAAAGAGAUCCAAGUGCAGGAGACUGAUUUCAGCCGACAAAACAGUCGUGUGAGUGUGAGUCGUAAGACGACUGAAGUCAGUUUCUCCAGUUCAGAAACACCGAACGAGGAACACAAGAAGUACAGGAAAACUCCGGUUUCGAAAGUACGAAGUCAAGGCAGCGGCGAUGAAUCCGAAAGCGAGAACGAGAAAAACGCGCGAAUUAAAUACGAGACAAAAAAUGGAAGCAAACAUUACGCUUCGAGUCGACACCACUCGGAUCUGAAUCCUGUAGAUGAGGAAACGGAAGAAGACAGAAUUAGAGCCGAGAAAGAUCCGACUCCGCGGCGCGAAAAGCCCCCAAUGGGCGAAAGAAACCCAAUGGACUGGUCCCAGAGUCACAAUGGUGCGCCGCACAUGAACUAUUUUAACCCAUUUGAUGUGCCGCAGCAACCAAGUCAAACUCAAAGCGGAAACCCAUAUGCGGGGUACGCACCACCCGCAUUUAUUUACCCACCGUACGGUAAUCCAUAUGGAAACUUUUUCCCGUUUUGGGGUAACUAUAAUCCUUAUCAAAUGGAUCAAACCGAACAAACGAACAACACAGGAAGUCAGCCAAUCACUGACGGACAAGCUGCGAAAACUAAAAAGGUUGAAAAGGGAAAAAAGUCGGAACCAGGGAAGAACUUCCUGAAAGAGAACAAAAAAGAUGCGUUUAAAGACGAGUCAGAUAAAAAACCGAUGUACAAAGACAUAGUUGCAAAAAAGCGUGAGCGACUUGCCGAGUCGGAGGAGCACGGGGAUGACGUCACAAAAGAAGAAGACGAAGAUGACUUGAUUCAGACUCACACGACUGUCAAAGACGACAAUCGAGUUAAAGUUGAUAUCAACUUGAACAUUUCCGGUAGACAACUGGCAAAUCUGCUCGGAUUGGACGAGAGCAAACUCGGUUUUUCACCUCGGAACCAGUUCUACCCGCCACCGCCUCCGGGGAUGUACCCGCCCAUGUUCGGGCCACCACCGAUGUUCGGUCAUCCCUCGGCAAGAACUAUGCCUGAGAUUCCGACAAGUCGACGAGACAGCAACCUAAGUGCUUCGGAGGAGGUGCAGCGCGGUGAAAGAGUGAAACCGAACGAAGUUUCGCUUCAUAGAAAGAAGGAUAAAGCGGCAAAAAUUGAAGAAUCGGCCAAGAACAAGAAACUCAGUCCAUACCCUGUAGUGCCGCCAAUCAACCAGAGCCAAAAACAGCAAAUUGCCAAGCAAAAACAUGAACAUGAGAUUGAGGUUCCGUUGUUUUCUGAGAAGAGGAGAGUAGAGUAUAAGCCGCACACUUUAGAAGAGUACAGACAGUUGAAUCUGGACGUGAAGCUUCCAGCCACUCUGGGCCCGGACUGGGACCACAUCGAAAAAGCAGGAGUUGCAAAAAGAAGGAAAGAACAGUACUCGAAGGAUUUGAGAAAGCAGCAUGAGUUGUUGUUGACAACCAGCAACAAAUACCCGAGAAAAGGCGACCCAGAUGAUCUUCUCUCGAAGACAGCGCGUCACAAUGAGUACAACAAGACAAUUCCAAAGCCACGAUGAUGCAUUUAUGACAAGAUAUUGAUGCGCAAAAUGGCACUAAAACAUCAAAUAUCGGAAGUUCAGAUCACUCACAGACGCUUUUAUGACCAGCAGAUAAAGUUAACUAUGACACCACACAAACUCACAAUCGAUCUUAUUUUUCUUAAGUCGCUUUCGAAAAUCGCAAAUUUGAGUCUGCGAAUA